AUGAUGUCUGCAAAAGGCAUGAUUAAAGUAAUGAUCAUCAUGUUUGCAAUUUGUUUUCUUGCAAAAUCAGAUGGGAAACCUGCUAAGAAAAGAUCUGUGAGUGAAAUACAAUUUAUGCAUAAUCUGGGGAAACACCUGAACUCGAUGGAAAGGGUAGAAUGGCUGCGGAAGAAGCUGCAGGAUGUGCACAAUUUUAUUGCCCUUGGAGCUCCUAUAGCUCACAGAGAUGGUGCUUCCCAGAGGCCCCCCAAAAAAGAAGACAAUGUCCUGGUUGAGAGUAAUGAAAAAAGUCUUGGAGAAGCAGACAAAGCUGAUGUGGAUGUAUUAAUUAAAGCUAAAUCCCAGUGAAAAUAGAUAUAUCAGAGCACUGUUUUAGACAGUGUGAGGCAACAAUAUUACAUGCUGCUAAUGUUUUCAAGCUGUAUUAAGAUUACCAAGUGCCCAUAUUUCUAACAUUAUCAGACUUUACAUAUGAUCCAUUGUUAGCCCUGAU